AUGACAGAGAGUCUGGAAAGCGGUUUUAGGCAGGUACGCAGAACGAAGGAACCAAGAGGCCAGGUGGGCUUCGAUGUUUCGCUUGCAAAGCACCGAGAAACGGUGCGUAGCUCAGAAAUGUUCAAAAACCUGAAAGAACAUCUGGAGCCACACAGUAAAGACAUUCGUCGAGUAAGAUGUCUGGCGAUCGGCAGCUUUCACGAGGAGUUUGCUGCGCUAUAUCAGCUAGCUCUUCUACUGGAAACUUGCGAUCACCUCAAACCUUCAGAGGGAGAGCCAAUUCGCGUCUCAGUAUAUGACCCUGUAUUCACUACCUCAGACCAAGAUUUCAUCAAAAACUUGGGACCGGACUGGUCGGUUGAUGAAGAAACGCCGUGGGAACCCAGUGAAGCAAGAUAUGUGCUUUUCUUCCUGCCGCAUGCGCCGCUCGAUCUUACCGAGCGCGUGGUGACAUUAGAUCGUCCUCAUCUAUGGCUUGCGAACCACAUUGUUAAGCAUACAGACAGGUAUACCAAGCUUCAGCUCUUUGAUAAAUAUCCUGUUCUUUCAAAAUUGCUGAACAGUUUGGUGAAUGCUCAGGAAUCCGUGCCCGACAGCGAGUUCAAGCCAUUCGUGUCAAGAAAAAACCGUCGCAAGAACAAGACUAGGAUUCAAGAGCAAGUCGUAGACUACAGCGCAAUUCCAACGCAUUUUAGCAAAUGCAAAAUCUUGACCGAUUUUAACAACGGAAAGACGCUUGCUGAUCAGCCAUGGAUCAACUCUUUCUCAGAUCUGACAUUGCACCUUAUCGAGUAG